AUGGCAAUAGAUUCAAUAAAAUGUCAGUUUAAUGAAAAGAAUACAGAUAUUGCUGUUAUACCAGGUAGGCUGACCUCACAUUUACAACCAUUAGAUGUAUCUUUAAAUAAAUCAUUUAAAGCAAAGGUUCAUCAUGCUUACAAUCAAUAG